AUGUCCCCCACUGUCCCCUGGCAGCGGAAGUCCCGCCGGUUCUACCCCACCCGCUUGGCCAUCGCUCUGGCCUCGGGGACAUCGGGGACGGUGCCCGAGCCCGACGGCCACGGCUUCGUCCUGGUGGAGACCAACUACAGGAUCUACGCCUACACAGACUCAGAGCUGCAGGUCGCCCUCAUCGCGCUGUUCUCGGAGCUGCUCUAUCGCUUCCCCAACCUCGUGGUGGCCCAGGUGACAAGGGACAGUGUCCAGGCUGCCAUCGCCAACGGGAUCACUGCUGACCAGGUAUGGGGACAUUGGGGACAUCACUGGGGACAUUGGGGACAUUGGGGUGACAAGGGACAGUGUCCAGGCUGCCAUUGCCAACGGGAUCACUGCUGACCAGGUAUGGGGACA